ACAGCACUAACCGGACAACCCGCUCUGGGGAAGGAAGGCUGACAGAACAGCGCAUUAAUAUUGACUUUGUUAGGGAUCAAAGGAUGGUGCCACGCUUGCAGUGUAAAUAUACCUUGGGUGGGAAUGCCUAUGGGCUGAAUUUUAAUGCUUAUGGAUUUAUUGGAAUGCAAUCCAAGGAACCCUGUCUAGGACUGGAAUGCCACUGGACUGAAUUAUAAGUCUCAAGGGCGCUUAUUUGUCAUCUGAACUGGAACAAUAUAUAUAUAUAUAUAUAUUAUCUUGCUGUAGGAGAAGCAACAGCGAUACACAUGCAGUACAUUUUUGAUUAUUCUAAGUAAGCUAGAUCAUGGUACAUAAACCAAAGUACUUAUGAUCAACGACAGUGAUGCAAUGGAGAGACAAAGAACUGCCGAUUUUGGAAUCUUGAAACAAAACACAAAGUGCUGGAGGAACUCUGCAGAAUGGUGCUAUCGAUUUAUUGAAGGAGCUUAAAAGCAUACCAAUGACUUUGGAUCUUUUGCAGUCCACACGGGUGGGGAUGUCUGUGAAUGCUGUUAGAAAACAAAGCACAGAUGAAGAAGUCACAACACUUGCCAAAUCACUCAUCAAAUCAUGGAAAAAACUAUUAGAUGGCCCAGCAGGAGACAAAGAGGCUGAGGAUAAGAAAAAAGAAUGUUCAACUUCCUCCAAAAACAAUUCAGAUUCCACAGAGCAAAGCUCCAGUAAGAGACCAGAACCAAGAACACCCACAACUCCAAAGAUGACAUCAUUUCCACCUAUUCCUGUUACCAGUGAUACCGUCCGCAACAAAUGUAGAGAGUUAUUGUCAGCUGCUCUGCAAACAGACAAUGAUUAUGUUGCAAUCGGAACUGACUGUGAACACAUGGCAGCACAGAUUGAAGAAAUAGUCUUCCAAGAGAUGGGCAACACAGACAUGAAAUACAAAAACCGCGUGAGAAGCAGGAUAGCCAACUUAAAGGACACAAAGAACCCCAAUUUAAGGAAAAAUGUUCUGUGUGGGAAUAUUUCAGCAGAGCAGAUUGCAAGGAUGACAGCUGAGGAAAUGGCCAGUGAUGAGUUGAGGGAGAUUCGGAAGGCUUUAACCAAUGAAGCUAUCAGAGAGCAUCAGAUGGCCAGAACCAGCGGCAGCGAGACCGAUUUAUUUGUUUGCGGAAAGUGCAAGAAGAAUAACUGCACAUACACACAGGUCCAAACACGAAGUGCAGAUGAACCUAUGACAACGUUUGUCUUUUGCAAUGAAUGUGGCAAUAGAUGGAAGUUCUGUUAAUAGAUAUUCAGAAGACCAUGUUGAAGACACCUGGAUCAGAAAAUGAAAGUUCUGACUUUAAAGCAUCAUCAUGUAAAUUAAAUUAAUCAUUUUGCUACAUACAUUGUUGUAAAGUAAACAAUCUUUGAUGCGACUACACUCCCUACAAACUGAGUAUUCUAAAAUUGUGCAGACACUAAUUGAAUAAUUUUGUUAAUUACACAUUGUAUGGUACAACAAGUUGCACUUCAGUUUUAGACUGUAUAAUUUAAUUUUUGAUGAUCUGCCUUUAUUAGCAUCAGAUGGAUCUAUUAGAUCACUUUUUAUUUAAAAUGUGAUGACGGUUCAAAGCAACUCAAUUGCUUGCAUAUUUGUAAAUUUUACAACUUCAUUUUAUAUUUUCUCAUUUUUUUCAAAUAUUGUAAUAUUCUCUGUAGAAAGUGUUUCAAUUGCAAAAAAAAAAAAUCAGUGAUUUCCUUCAUUACCACAACUGCAUUCCUAGUAUUUGAUGUUACUGUGAGACAUGCAAGAUUUGUAUUGGUUGUGAAAUGUACUUGGAAAAACUCACUAAAGAUUUUUGGGGUGUUAAAUGUAAUUGUUUUUAAUUGCCGUAAUCCAUUUUAAAUUCAAAAAAGCAUAUUAAAUUUUCUUCUGUAAUUUCCCACAUGUCUUUUAAAACAAGCCAGUUAAUUCCUAUGUAAAAAUGCAAAUGUUUAAUUCUCCUAAAAAAAUAUUUUCCCUGCAAUUUUGCAGGUUAGAACUAUUUCUUCUCAAACCUUUUGUUUACACGUAUAUGUCACCAUUCUAAAAUGUACAAGCUACAGUAAAAUGAUCUAGGCCAAGUGCAACAAAUUUGUAGAAAAUUGCACUUUAAACCAGGAUUUUGGUUCAGCUGAUUAAGAUUUUUAAUAUGCUAUCUGUGUAUGUUAAUGUUUUUUUAAAGUUCCUGAGAAGCAACAUUCUAUAAAAUUGGUACGUUGAAGUAGA